GAGCACUUCAUCUUCAGGUGGAGUCAGUUCUUACUGGGUUAUAAAUUUGCUGAGAGCCAGAGAAAGCAGCUGUUUUGCUGGAAUCUUAGUGAGCACAUAGAAUCAUCAUGAGGGAGUGCCUGUCCAUCCACAUUGGCCAAGCUGGAGUUCAAAUGGGCAAUGCCUGCUGGGAGCUGUAUUGUCUGGAACAUGGGAUCCAGUCGGAUGGUACUAUCCCUGGGAAUCAGACUGCUCAGAAGAUCCUGCCAGAGGCUGAGCAAGUGGACUCCUCGUUUGAGACGUUCUUCUGUGAGACUGCAUCUGGGAAGCAUGUACCCAGGGCGGUGUUCAUUGACCUGGAACCUACUGUCAUAGAUGAGAUCCGCACAGGGACGUAUCACUCCCUCUUCCACCCUGAGCAGCUGAUCAGUGGCAAAGAAGAUGCUGCCAACAACUAUGCCAGGGGCCACUAUACCAUUGGGAAGGAAAUCAUUGACACCGUCCUGGGUAGGAUUCGCAAAAUGGCUGACCAGUGCAGUGGUCUUCAAGGUUUCCUCGUAUUCCACAGCUUCGGCGGAGGCACGGGCUCAGGCUUCACUUCGCUUCUGAUGGAGCGACUCUCGGUAGAGUACAGCAAGAAAUCGAAACUAGAGUUUUCUGUGUACCCUGCCCCACAGGUGUCCACUGCAGUGGUAGAGCCCUACAACUCCAUCCUGACCACCCACACUACCCUGGAGCAUUCAGACUGCUCGUUCAUGGUAGACAAUGAAGCCAUCUAUGACAUCUGCAAUCGAAACCUAGACAUUGAGCGCCCAACCUAUACCAACCUCAACAGGCUGAUUGGGCAGAUCGUGUCAUCUGUGACCGCUUCCCUGAGGUUCAAUGGUGCCCUGAAUGUUGACCUGAUAGAAUUCCAGACCAACUUGGUGCCUUAUCCCAGGAUCCAUUUCCCUUUGACCACCUACGCCCCCAUCAUCUCUGCAGAAAAGGCCUACCAUGAGCAACUCUCGGUGCCCGAGAUCACCAACGCCUGUUUUGAGUUCUCCAACCAGAUGGUGAAAUGUGACCCCCGCCGAGGCAAGUACAUGGCUUGCUGCCUGCUCUACCGGGGAGACGUAGUGCCCAAAGAUGUCAAUGCAGCCAUCGCGGCCAUUAAGACCAGGAGGUCCAUCCAGUUUGUGGACUGGUGCCCGACCGGCUUCAAGGUGGGCAUCAACUAUCAGCCACCCACUGUGGUGCCUGGCGGAGACCUGGCGAAGGUGCAGCGGGCUGUCUGUAUGCUGAGCAACACCACGGCGAUCGCUGAAGCUUGGGCCCGUCUGGAUCACAAGUUUGACCUGAUGUAUGCCAAGCGGGCCUUUGUGCACUGGUAUGUUGGGGAGGGCAUGGAGGAGGGAGAGUUCUCCGAAGCCCGGGAGGACAUGGCAGCCCUGGAGAAGGAUUACGAAGAAGUGGGGAGGGAUUCUGCUGAUGGGGAGGAAGAAGAUGCUGAGGAGGAAUACUAAAACUCAGUCUUGUGUUCUAAACCUGCAUGUAACCAGGCUAGAGUGGAGAUCAAUCAUAUGCUUUUUGUCAAUGUAUUCCACAUUUAACAUCAGGUUCCUAUUUUUAUUUUUUUUAGGUUUGUAUCUCUUUCCAGACUUCUGUAGAGUGAAGAUUCUAACUGUACUUUGUCUUAGAAUACAUUUGCUGUAGACUUUAAUCUUUACUUCCUGUCUCUUGGCAUUUACAUGGAGUAAUUGGUGUGUGCAUGGGGCGGGGUGGGAGUGGGGGACACAGAAAAGGGCCCUGCACUUGGUUAUUGUGUAACACUUUCCUGCACUGCUCAAUGAAUGGGCUGGGAGGGAAGAGAGAUGGCUUUUUAUUAUGGGAAAAACCAGCAUUAUUGGGGCAUGCAAUGUGCAAUUGUUGACCUUCAAUAAAAAGUUGAACCAC